AUGGUCACUCAAGUAACCGUUUUCAAUGGUGUGGUUUGCCUUCGUCGUCGACCAAGUACGCUCUAUGGCGGUGACGGCGUCCGCUUGGCAGAGCUUAGUGGUGGCGUGGGGGAAACCGUCGGAUUUCAUUGGGACAGUCAUCUUUCCGCUCAUGACCGUGCCGCUUACUGGAUUGGAAUCAUGCGUGGUGCAAAUAUUCUUUUCUUGGUUGCAUUGCUACAACUGUCGGCUGCCAUCGUCCGUGGAGUAGUUUGUGCUCAACCACCAAGCACUGCCAGGAGGUCAUAUAAUAUGGAAAUUACGGCGAAGCUCUUCAAAGCAAAGCUCGAAUCCUCAUUCAAUGCGACCAGACGCGUUGUAGACCGCCUCAUUAUCGUUACUCUGGAGACGGGCGCCGUUACCCUCGCCGCAACUCUCGUUCAACUCAUUUUCUAUUUCAGAUAUCCACCGAACUCCCUCCAACAGGUUGGAGUAAUGUAUAUCCUCGGGGGCUUAUAUUCAAACGUCCUUCUCAGCGUCCUCAACGGCCGAAAGCGCGCUCGCCGUCAACUGGCAGAAACAAGUCACAAUUUCAGCCUUCAUUUCACCGACCAAAGCCUUCCAGCCCCUCGUUCGUCUUCCUCAUACCAGGAAGGAAUCGAAAUCAAAAUACCACUAUCACCAAGUCACCACCUCUACCUAGCCGAUUCCCCACCUUCUUGCGUCUUACACAAAUUUGAACUCGACAACCGCUCAAAACCUUCAAUCAUCCCAACCACUCUCUUUAACACAUUCCUCACCGCAACCGGAUCCCUUUUCGCCUUCAUCUUCCUCGCCCAUCGCGCAUUUGUCUUUCCCUGCUGCCGUGUCUUCGUCUCCGAAAUCAAUCAUAACCGCCCAGGCUUGACAUGCCAAGCCGUUAUGGAAAUAACAAUGAUGCAGGACAAUCGCCCUGUGCUCUUCGAAAACCAGGUCCCCGGCUCAGUGGAAAUACUGCAAGCCAACGCCCGCAAAACCUUGUUCUACACGACACGAGAGAACCAAUCGAGAACGUCGAAAACGGCGUCGUCUGCGGACAUGUACGCGUGCAACAUGUGCAUGAGCCACGGUCGGCUUUCUGAAAGUCGAUGCCUUUACUACGCGGGGUCGAUGAUGCAGCCUAAGAAAGACCUCGUGUGUGGUCGAACCAAGCUUGAACUCGUCGUCGUAAGAAUUACAUCACGUGUCGCGGUUCUGGCUCAGUCACAAAACUACGUGCCUUGUAUUAGUAUAAGUAUUACGCAGCUUCAAUGCCCCAGGCCAACCACACGCUCCGCAUCUCCUAGGUCGCCGUUAUCAUAUCCUCUCAUCAUCCUAGCUCAUAUUGGUGGCAUGCCGACUUCUAUUCUCGACCUUCCAACGGAACUCAUCCUGGAGAUCAUCCAUUCGGAGGACUUCACAAAUGCCACUAUCGCGUACUUUGGAAUGACUUGUCGCCGUUUCCAUGACAUAUGUCAAGUUCUUGUUCUGGAGCGCCAACUUCCCGUACUGCGCGCAUUAGCGAGUAGGCGUAGCCUCCUUAUCUAUAAGAACUAUGGAUCAAUCGCGAUGAAAGAUGAUGAAUUAAAUGACGUGAAGGAGAUAUUUCAAGCUUCAUUCCACAAAAUCGAAUACGUCCUUGUCACCUUCACCGUUGAGGAAAUCGCAAGCGUUCACGGAUUUAUUUUUCACGCCAACGCUGUUGGCCAUAUUGACAUCAAACUCGGUUCACAGUUAUACAUGUCCAGCCUAGCCGAGAAAAAAGAUUGGUGCCAAACGCUAGCUUCGUUCAUCAGGGUUUCCUCGGAGAAGGAUAUGGCAAACUUGACCAUCACGGGUUUACCCCACGGCGAGCGACUCGGAUACUUCAAACCCACGAUACCCAUUCCCGAAACGCCAUCAAGUCCCUUCAUCCCCCUGCCCAUCACCAAAUCGUCAUCAAGUGCUAUAAAGACCUAUUUUUCCUUUCUUAGUCCGCUUAAGGGCCGCUUUUUUGGUCUUAAAACGCGGUCAGGCAGUAUUGGUACUCAGCCCAACCGCCAUGUUGCACCGGAAGGAGAGCGACUCUUCAACUUCGGUACACCCCUAGGACUCAAAAGUUUUGAGAUACACUCCCCCCUCCCUUUUCAUGGAGCAUGCUUUCCGCAGACCCUACGAGCUCUGAAUGGUGGAUACCUUUCCAGAUUAUCGCUCUUGAACACAAGACUCCAUAUGUCAGAAUGGAGUCACAUACUGCCCCUACUUUCCAUGCCUCUCCUGUCCGAAUUUGAUGUUGGGGAUUCCGACAUUGCUUUUCGCGACCUUUCACCAUUCUUGCUGCGUCAUUCAGGCAUAACCCACCUCGACCUGUCAUGCAGUAGUCCAAUCGGAUCAAUCGUGCCCCCGGCGGGCUUUCUUCCUCGCCUUGAAGUGAUCAGCGGAAACCCCAACUAUCUUUCAGGAUUACUUUCCAUCCAGGGACACUUCCCAAAUUUACGCUCCGUCGCGUUGACGCGGCAUCCACUGCGAGCCAUCCAGCACGGAGCUCUCGAUAACAUCUUGCGAAAUUUGGGAGAACGUGAGAGAGGAACAAUCCGCCUUUCCAUCGAAUUUUCGAACCCAACCGGUCUUACAAAAUGGUUUUCCAAGGCAGAACCAUUUUCCCUGGAUUGCGUGAAAACGUUAGAGAUUAUCAGGUUCGGAUUCCUCAUUUCCUCAGAGAUGUGCGACAGCUUCUUUUCUUGGGUAUCGGUCUUCCCGUACGUCCAAGACCUGGAUUUGACGCAGUUGGUUCCUGGGGACCCGAAGAUGUGGACCUGGAGAUUAGAUGCGUUGUGGGACUCGUGUCCGGAGUUGCAGUCAAUCAUCGUCAAGAGAAAAACUUACCGGCGGCCUGUGAAAUCAGUUGAGUAA